AAAAAUGGUUAUUCGAAAAUUAAUUACAUUUAAAGUUACGUCGGAGCGCUAUCGAUGAAAUAUCGAGGACGUGCCGCGGAAACUAUCGGUGGCGAUAUAUAUAUGUAUAUAUAUAUAUAUACAGACACACACCAAGGGCUGAACGGAUACUUUCUCCGGAGCCUUUCUGGCACCCUGUAUCAGGUCCGAAUAAAACGGACAAAUACAUAAAUAAAUAAAUAAAGAAAUCGGUGGCAUCAGCGAUUACGUGCGGCUACUGGUAAUUUUGUAUUUCAUAUUCUGAUUGGCCAAUCUGGUUUAAGAGUUUACUUUCGUCGAGGGUGGACGAAUCUCUGAGCUUUUUGCGCCGACGAGCUCGACUGCUUCGCUCGCUCAAUGGUGCUAUGCACAGAGAGAAAAAUUGUUCUCUCUGCUAUGCACAACUUAAAUCUCGUAACAUAACGCGCAUGUCCACGGGAAACGUAAGUGGGGAGAAAGAGCAGUGGGAAGCGUAGAAAUCCCUCGAUCUGGUAACGUCGCUCGCAACAGGAGGUUAUCCUACUCGAUCGUACUCGUAACAAAGUAACAACCGUAACCGUUGUAACUGCCCUCGAGGAGUGGUUCCAGUAGUGAGUGAAACUUUGAAAAAAGCCGGAAAGAUUAUAAAACAAUCAGAAAACAUGCCACAGAUAAUUUUACUGAAGGAAGGCACCGACGCGUCUCAAGGGAAACAGCAACUAAUAUCGAACAUAAACGCUUGUCAAGUAGUAAUGGACGCCGUGAGGACCACUUUAGGUCCUCGGGGCAUGGACAAACUGAUCGUCGAUCAAAACGGGAAAGCUACAAUCUCAAACGACGGAGCGACUAUUUUAAAACUGUUGGACGUCGUACAUCCGGCGGCGAAAACCUUGGUAGACAUCGCAAAAUCCCAAGACGCAGAAGUAGGCGACGGUACCACGAGCGUGGUACUGCUGGCAGGAGAAUUUUUGAAACAAAUGAAAUCGUUCAUCGAAGAAGGUGUGCAUCCACGUAUCAUGAUCAAGGCUCUUCGGCUCGCACUUCAAGUAGCAGUGGACAAAAUAAACGCAGUGAGCGUGAAGAUAGACAAAUCUGAUCAAACGAAAGUGAUGGAACUGUUGGAAGAAUGCGCCGCUACAUCGAUGAGCUCGAAAUUGAUUCACCAACAGAAAGAGUUCUUCAGUCGCAUGGUCGUAAAGGCCGUGAUGAUGCUGGACGAAAUGUUACCUCUGAACAUGAUCGGUAUCAAAAAGGUGUCCGGCGGAGCGUUAGAGGACUCCGAACUGGUGAAAGGCGUAGCUUUCAAGAAGACGUUCUCUUACGCCGGAUUCGAGAUGCAACCGAAAAAGUACCAAGACUGCAAAAUCGCACUGUUGAACAUAGAAUUGGAACUGAAAGCAGAACGCGACAACGCCGAGAUCCGCGUGGACAACGUGACGGAGUAUCAAAAGAUAGUGGACGCCGAGUGGCAAAUUCUAUACGACAAACUGGACAAAAUUCACAAGAGCGGAGCGCAAGUGGUACUGUCGAAACUGCCGAUCGGUGACGUGGCGACCCAGUACUUCGCGGAUCGGGACACGUUCUGCGCAGGCAGGGUCCCCGAAGAAGACUUGAGGAGAACGAUGAAGGCUUGCGGUGGGAGCAUUCUGACCACCGUACACGGCAUCAAAGAUUCGGACCUCGGUAGAUGCGAAGUGUUCGAAGAACGACAAAUCGGCGGCGAGAGAUUCAACUUCUUCUACGAAGGAUCGCGCACGAAAACGUGCACGUUCAUACUGCGCGGAGGAGCCGAGCAAUUCUUGGAAGAGACCGAGAGGUCGUUGCACGACGCGAUCAUGGUGGUGAGGCGUUUGUUCAAAACGAACGCGUACGUGGCCGGUGGCGGAGCCAUCGAGAUGGAGUUGUCGAAGACGUUGCGAGACUACUCUCGCGUGAUAGCAGGGAAGGAGCAGCUGUUAAUCGGAGCAAUAGCUCGCGCGCUCGAAGUGAUACCAAGGCAAUUGUGCGACAACGCCGGUUUCGACGCGACGAACAUUCUGAACAAACUGCGACAGAAACAGCACAAAGGCAUGCACACGUACGGCGUGGACAUCAACACGGAGGACAUCGACGACAACAUGUCGGCUUACGUAUGGGAGCCCGCCGUCGUGAAGAUCAACGCUCUGACAGCGGCGAUCGAAGCGGCGUGCCUGAUCCUGUCGGUGGACGAGACCAUAAAGAAUCCGAAGAGCAGCCAGGACAAAGAAGGACCGCCACAAACGGGCCGCGGCAUGGGACGACCGAUGUAACGACAGCGCAGAAGAAACGCUGUAAUCGGCUGGAACGCGUCGUAAAAGAUCACGCAGGAUCGUGUAACGCCACGAUCCGUUCAUACAAUUACGAAUGAUCGAAUUAAACGAUUUUUUUGCACA